AUGAUUAUGGAAAGCAGCGUAGCAGAUGUGUUGGUGAAGGUAGCCCUGUUCAUACUGGUUCAGGGUUUGGUAUAUCUCAUCCUUUCCAACUCAUCAAAUAUCUUCUCCAAAACUACCAGGAGAUCACAUAGCUUCAAACCAGCUCGUUCUGUAAGCAUCCGUCGGAUGCUUGCUGUUCUUGCCGACUUACCCGCCGGCGGUGAGCUCUCUCCUUCAUCAAAUUAUUCGAGGGAUGAUUUGCAGUCUCCUCGUAGCCCGGAAAAUGCAUCGCCUCGAUACUCCUAA